UGAGAACCGCUAGCGUGCCAAAGUCGAAGACUUCCGCUCAGGAAGCCGACAUAACAACAACACCAGAGCACCACCUUCGUAAGGCAGCCCACGAACUCUUCAAUUUUAUAAAAAAUACCCUCUCAUAGCAGCCCUCAGCGCAAGGCAUAUGUUACGUUGUCACCAACCGAGUACUUACUUUUCGUUCAUUGAUUAAUUAACAGUGAAACUAAUUAACUAUUCUAUCACGGACUUGUGUUCAAAACUUAAAGAAGAAAAUAUUUCCCGGAAGUUGCUGGAUCGGGAAAAACUAUCCGCACAACUGGUUGUUUGUUUUUCGUAUAAUAAGAAUAUAUUGCAUGUACUUACCUAAAUCGAAAUGUGUUUUGGAAAAAUUCCGCCUAACUAUGGCCGUAACAGUAAGCUGUUUUUGUUUGGCAUCUAAAAGUGUAACCAUUUUCCGGCUAAAUUCCGAUUCGAUAGACAUUUAGCCGCUCGAGUUAGACCGGUAGAAAGUGCGAUAAAGUUUGUGCUAAAAGCGGCUGUUAGAAAAAAAAAACGCCACAAGACCGUUUACACAGUCAAGCUACACAGUAGCCAAAACAAAGCAUAGCAGCUGUUCAAGUAUCAGCAAACAUUGACAGGGAAACAAGUGCAGUGUCAAUAUUUGACGAGUUCGUCGCUGACGCACGCCUACUUGGAUCCAACGAACGAAGGACCACUUCGCGCUGCUGGGUUCGUCGCCUGACCGAGCGUUGAAGUCUCUAUCUUCUCCAGCCUAAUAACGCUAUCGAAAUUUCGAAUUUAUUCAACCCCACACGUGUUCUAAGUGCUUAUUUAUGUAUUGUGAACAAAAGGUAUUGUUUUGAGCUAAAUAGACGUGACUCGUUAUUACCCAAUUGUGAACUUGAUCUUCAAGUUCGAACGUAAUUAACUGUUAAACUUGUGUUGGUGAUUACUUCUAAAGGUUGGAUUUAAAAUUUCAUCCAUAGUGCCAGCAGGAAUAAAUCAAGCAGUUGUUGGGGAGGAGUAAAAACAUUGCAGUCAACGAGACAGAAUUUACAACGAAACAAUGGGCUGAUAACAAACCACAAAAGUUUUCAUCAAUCAUCAAAUCCAUCCAAAUAUUGUUCCUAUCUAUAUCUAUAAGAAGCACUAAAGACAUCAAUGGAGCGACAUAGAAAAUAACUGUAAUACAACUGAGGCAGUUUACACGUAAUCCACUGGGCCAGAGAAACUCCAGUGUCCUUCUAUUUAAUCAAGAACCUGUGAUAAUGGAUAUAACUGAAGCUUUUCGCAGCGAAGACAUAACAAAGACAGACUUCUUCGAUUUCGUUGUGAAUCCGGACACGAGCGACGCUCAAACGUUAACUUUUACGAAACAAAUGCGAACAGUGAACACGUUCCUGGAAAGCAGUUCGCCAGAAGAUCGGAAGGAAACGAACAAUAACAACACCACCAUGCUCACUGCAGAGAUAGCGAACGUGCCGGCAACAGCAUCCUCCGAAGGUACGACGAGCACGUUCGAUCCGAACUUUUGGAGCGACAAGGACGCAGUCAAGAUCGAAUCCGCCAUCCUGGAAGACUUGAACAAGUACUGCUGGUCGGAACAGGACGCUAGUGGGGUUAUAGGUAGUAGUGCUAGUAAAACGGCAACCAGUACUGAUGGACACAUUUACACUCUAACAGUAUUAAAUGGCAUCGACCAAAGCGCGACGUGGUACCGUCCACCAUUAGCCACAAUCGUCAAAGAAGAGGAUGGCUCUAUAUCGAGUCCUGGUUCUAUGGAACACAUGCAAGUCGGUCUAGACAUCGAUUCAAUAUUAAGUAUUAUGCCAGCACAAAUCAAUGGUUUUAGUGGUAGUUUUAGCGAUAGCACGCAGAGUCCGAAUACGGACGGACUCAUCAAAUCGGAAACGUAUACGUACGAGGAUAGUGGAUUUGCCGACAACAAAGACGAACUUGCCAGCUCGCUGAUCAUCGAUACGCCGCUGUUGGAAGCGCACGAAAAUUUCAACAACAACAACAACGACUGGAAAGUGAGCAACAACAAUACGAGCAAUGGUACGCCGGACUCGUUGCUACGCAGUGCUUUGCAGGGAAAAGCAUUCGUACGUUACAACGGAUCGGUAAAAGUACCCAAAACAGAGAGCAACAGCGAACUGCGGAGGGUGCUUUCGACGCCGCCCGGCAAAACCGAAAGUACCCUUUAUAUCAAAGAAGAACCGGACAAGACUCCUACGCCGACAAUAGUAACCGGUGUAGACUCAAACGGGGCUAUCAUCUUCGAGGAGCACGUGACACCAACGAGGCCACCAACAGAACCCGAAAAUCCAUCCAGCGCGCACAGUAUGGACGACAUCCUCCUCUCCCAAUUGGACACUUCAUAUCCCGAAGACUACGAAAAACUCAAACGGAUAGCGAACGAAGUAGUCGAAUCCGUCGGGCAAUAUUGCCUUAUCAACGAAAACAUUGAAAACGUCUACAGUAUAGGCACUGAACAAGCGAGUCUCUUAGGAAACCUCACCUCUCCCAUAUCCAUAGCCCCCGUCGUCACCAGUACGAAACCCGCCCCAAAAAAAUACAAAAGAUCGAACAGCGGGAGUUCGAAACAGACAACGGUCCAGGGCGCGACAAGUACCAGUAAUGGGGUGAGGAAAGAGAGAUCGCUGCAUUAUUGCAGCAUUUGCUCGAAAGGAUUUAAGGACAAAUACUCGGUAAAUGUCCACAUACGGACGCAUACCGGGGAAAAACCGUUCGCUUGCAGCCUGUGCGGUAAAAGCUUUAGACAGAAGGCGCAUCUCGCGAAACACUACCAAACGCAUAUAGCUCAAAAGAACGCGGCGGCAGCAGGUAACGUUGCCACAACGAAAACGAAAUCUAGGUAGCUCGUUGAUUUUUGUUUUUUUUUUUUUGUGUGUUUUUAUACUCAUUCGUUCCGUGUUCAAGUUUCUUCCGUCCAUUUUUUAACUACCUAUGUAUUAUUGUUCCCGAGACGUGAAAGUAUUACCGAAAUCGUAGUAUUUUAGAUAACGAAGAAAAAAGAAAGCUCCAAAAUACCUAAGACGUUCUUUAAGAUGCUUCACGGAAAUAAACAGGUAAGAAAUACAGUUUUUUGUUUUUUACGAAUUGUACUCAAUCGGUCCCAAUUUAAUUUUGAUCAGAUGUUUAAUUUACAGUAGUACUUUUGGAAAUACUCUAACUUUGAAUUCUUAUACAUAUUGUACUUCAGUGUUUUUUUUUUUCUAAAUUAGAAGUGCAUAAGACUUUUGAAAAUUCCACCGACGACUUUUCUAUUCAUUUUAUUUGCAAAUCGUAUAUUUUCCUGACCUCCUUUCUCGUAAUAAGCAUCCCAACGGCCAUUUGUAAAGAUGAAGAAAAUAAAUAGCUCUGGUCUUAUGCAAGGCGAAAACGAAACCAAAAAUCAGGUCAACUGAAAAGAACACAAACGGUUCAUCUAAAAGCAAUCUUAAUUAUCCAAUUGACAACCAAAACCCAUCUAUCAACGGCAAUAGAGGUACCUAGAAUAAAUGCCCGCAUUUCUCAAUGAUGACCGAUCAAAGCUAAUGCAUACUUGUAUGUAGGUACUUACAGAUAGGUAUGUUCUUAUUUUGUGGUCAUAAUUUACGAGUAACUACGUUUGAAAGUGAGUCCGUAAUUUCGUUUACUAGGAAUCAAAGGUAAUUUGCUAAUUCUUACAACAAAUCAUCGGAUUAGAACAAGAGUUCUUAUCUCAUUUAUGUCGGUAUUAAUUCUGAAAUGAAAUCGGUCAGUCGUAGGCGGUAUACGCACAUGUUUAUACAAUAUUGCCACUCGAUAUUGCCAUAAAUAUGGGAAUAAUAUCGUUAUAAAGCAUAUAGUACUCGAGAGAGCUUACCAUGGUACGGAAAGAAUGAGAGAGUGCAACUGUUACUUCCCUCGCAUUUUACGCACACGGGGUUGUAAUUGUCUAUCAAAUGCAGGAUGAGAAUGAAAUAAAAAUUGAGUUGUCUUUGUCAGUCACGCUUUUGCUUAUGCUGCAGGUUACAAUGGGCAAAUGUAUGAGACACUUAUACGAAUAUGUACGCACGCAUAAAACAUUUCCGACAGGCCUACAAACGUAAUAAUAACAAAAUACUCAUGUACAAUUAUGUGACACUAUCUGUCGAUACGGAAUCGAGAAAAAAUGUUUUUCCUGUCGAAGGUUGCGACAGAUUAUCAUAGCAAGCAGGAAUGCGUUACGUUAGAAUAAAAUGAAUGUAUUUCUUGUUCAAUACAAAAAAUAUCGGAACACACUCCCCGCGUAUGUAAAUUAUAAUGUAUUAGCAUUCAAUUAUUCAAUUAAGUGGAAAUCAUGGCAAUUUUGCAGACGUUUACAUUUUUAAUUAACCAAUCGAUCCACCUCGCACGUUUCCGUGGCAAAUUAUUUAUCUAAAUUAACAUCUGGUAAUAUUAAUUAACAUUAACGUGGUGUAUCCGUUCCGUGCAACCAUAAAUUUUAUUGUAUAUUCUUUUAAACUGCAAUUUAUUUCUGCAGUCUUCACUUUAAAUGGCUUUUUUUUUUAAAUUUUCAGUUCAAACUGUUUUUCAGGAUUUUCUUAUUAUCCAUUCUAUUUUUGUUGAUAAUUAAGAAACUUAGUAACUAGAUACCAACGGAGGGCGAAGGAGUUGCUCAAUAAUUAGUAGAAAAAAGAUUCAUUUUAUUUUAAAUAUAAUAUCGUCUUCAAUCAAAUAUUGAAAGACUAUAAAAACGAAGUGAAAAUUAAUUUUUUACCAUAUCCCUGCCGAAUGUAAGAUAUUUUUCCCUGACUUAAGGGACAAAAUCACAACAUUAUUUCCCGGGUGCGAAAUCGCAUUUAGUCCAUUUUGGGAAUUUUAAUAUCCUCGACAAUUCCACGAUGAGUUUAAAAAUUUUUUCUAAUAAACAGUAAAUGCGAUCUAUUACCUAGGAGAUUAUCAUCCACUUUCUUGUCCCUAGAAUCAAGAACAGUCGUACUUACGAGGCGGCGGUAUGGUAAAGAAUUAUAUACGGGCUUCGGGAAAAUUGUACGUCAUUACUAGGAGGGAAUGCCAUACGUUGUUCCCUUGGUGCGUAAUAUACUAUUUUGAUGAAUAAUGGUCUGAAAUUGUUUGUAUCUACGAAACUCUUAAUAAAAGUUAUGCUACGAACCUGUUCAUGUGAAGCAUCUUGUUCACCUUUAACGUUGAAAAUUAACUAUAUAACUAUUUAUUGCAAGUGAUUUUGGAUGCUUUCUAUAACUUAUAUUUAAAAAAAUAAAAUAAGAUUAUCGAGCUCAAUUUUGUGAUUACAAAAUAACUCCAUAUUAAUUCCCAGAAAUUAGAAGGAAUAUCUACGCGACUAUUUGUAUUUUUGUAACGGUUUUUUCAGAUCUCCUGAAAUUAAACGUACCUUUCUGAAUGUGAUGAUAAUUACUUAUUAGUUUCACUGUUAUGUAAGAUAAUAAUCGUUCGAAAAUUAGCAAUCAAAAAUCUCAAAAUAAAUAUAAAUGUGUAUGUAUCUAUGUAUUAAUAAAUUAUUUAAAUAAAUAAAGAAAGAAAGGAUAAUAAAUAAAAAAAGAUGAUAUAUAAGCGGAAGAUUUUUGUGUAUGUAAAGUAUUUAUCGUCGAUAGCCGAUUUGUUCAAAAGCGUUUGUUCCUAAGUUUUAUUAUUGUAUUUUGUGUUUUGUGCUGUGAUCUAAAUAAUUUCGAAAUCUUCCACAUGUGUAUUGUAAAUUUUGUCAAUGAACAAAAAUCUGCCUAAAUUAUCUUGCCAUCUACUUACUUACUAUUCGUAUACAUAAAAUUAUUUAUCAAAUAAAUGGACCGUCUAUUGUAGUAUGUUUUGUUAUGUAAAGUUAAGUAUAUUUUAUUUUGUUUUUUAUUUAUAUGUUUAAAUGAUAAGUAGGUACUUGUGUUGGCGACAACGAAGAGAUCCAACCGUCCCCAUUUCCCCAUCUACAAAUAAAUACGUAAAUAAACGAUCGGUAAACAACGAAAAUGUAAUUUUGAUUUUUUGUAAUAUUUUUCUCUUUUAUUUUUUUUUUUCUAAAUUUGAUUUCUCUUCGUAGAUUUUUGUUUCUUUAUUUUUUUCUUUGAUUAGACAGAUUCUUUGUAGUGUUAAGUUAGUAAAACUACAGUUUACCAUAAAAUAAGGCAUUAAAUUGACCAAUUACCUGCAUAAUACUCACAUGUAAAAAGUAUUACAGAUUAAUUUAAUUUUAAUUAACUCUUUGUUUAAAUAGAUUACGUUUAUUAUUUAUGUGAGUGUACAAGAUGCAUACGAAUCGUAGAACACUAUAGAAAAAAUCUUAAAAAAUGAUUAUUGUUGUUGUUGAGUUCCAUUAUUAUCAUUAUUGAUAUUUUAUUGUAACUAUGUUUCUUCAUUUUUUUGCCACGUACUACAAGUUAAAUCAUUUAUUUCUUUUCAUAUGUAACAAAUACUGUGCCUGAGAAGCUUUAUACGACUAAUAACUGUCUAUUUUUCUUAAUGUAAUGAUAACACCUAUAAUUAAAGCAAUGCAAGAGGUCUAUAUUUAUACUUAGAUCUCAUUUUUUUGGUUCUAUUUUGAAUUCAGCUACUGCCCAAGAUGUGUUCUUUGGAUAAUAAUAAUACUCAAAUGCAACUGAAGAGAUUUUCUAUAAAUACUUAUGUUAAUACUCAUUUUUUUUUUGUAAUUCUUCUUUCAGAGUUGUAUGUCAAAAGUUUCCGCUUUACAGUUAAAUUUUAUCAUUAGUAAGUACAUAAAAUUUGUAAAGACGAUAGCAUAAAAGUAUUCGACUCAAACAUUAUGAUUUUCUCAUUUUUGUUUAUUUUCAAUAAGGCCAUAACAAGUGUAUAUUUAUACAUUCCUUUUGUUAAUCCAUUUUAUACAAUGUUUAAGUUUCUUUAUAUGUAUUAUUGAUUUUAUC